AUGCUGGGUGCCACGCUGCGGCUGCUGCUGCUCCUGCUUCCAGGGACCCCCGCCUCGCCGGGCAGGCCCCCCGCCCUUCCGGCCCCCGGCCCCUGGCUGCGGCGCCCCCUCUUCAGCCUGGAGCUGUCCGACUCGGAGGGCGUCUUCCCGCGCCGGGCGGGGCCGCUGGAGAUCCCCGCAGACAGCCGCGUCUUCGUGCAGGCCGCCCUGGCCCGGCCCUCCCAGCGCUGGGCCCUGGCUCUGCACGGCUGCUCCGUCACCCCGUCUUCGCGCCCGGCCGCGGGGCCCGCCCUGACCCUCCUCCGGGGGGGCUGCCCGACCGAUGCGUCCGUCGCCUGGGCGCCGCCCCCGCCCCCGCUCCCCGGAGUCCCUCGGCCCGCGCGCUUCAGCUUCCGCCUGCGCCCGGUCUUCAACGCCUCGGUCCAGUUCCUGCACUGUCAGCUCAGCCGCUGCCGCCGCCUCCAGGCAGCCCGCAGGGACUCGCCGCCGCCCGGUCCGCCGCCAUCGCCGUGUCUGCCCCCGGAUGAGGGGUGCACCGGCGUCGGCGGCGGCGGGGAGACCCUGGGAGCCGACAGCCCCCACCUGCACACGCUGACGCAGCCCAUCGUGGUCACCGUGCCGCGCCCGCCCCCCCGACCCCCCAAAGGCGUCCUCGGAAGAGCCCCGCAGCCCGAGACCCCCGCUCCGGCCCCCGCAGCCCUGGAGGCCGCGCCGGUCGUGGCGCUGGUGCUGGGCGCCUUCGUGCUGGGCGCCGCGCUAGCCGCCGGGCUCGGCCUGGUCUGCGCGCACUCGGGGCCCGCACCGCCCCGGCCAGCGCCCCCCAGAGCCUCGCCCAAUGGCCCCCCGCCCCGCCAGCCCCAGUGAAGCAGGAAUGGCGGUGAGCCCCCAAAAGGAGAGAAGUGUGGCUGUGCACCUGGAACUCCAGCAUCCCUGGCCGUCGGACCCAGAGCCCAAGGCAUCACUUGUCUGUCCUCCCUCCCUCCCUCUCUCCGGUCUUCCAUGCAAUGCACCCCGAGUUCCGA